GUAACUGAUGUUUAUAGUAAUAAACUUAGUUAACAAAAGGAAGUGACAUGCAUUAAAAAUUAAGAAAAUAAUUUCAUAAAAUAAAUAGCAGAGAAACUCAAAAGCAACUUGGAUUACUACGCGCAAAUUAUAAAGAAUUCAACCACAACAGAAAUAAUUACACGGGAACUCUGGAGAACAUGCAUCUGUGUAUAGAUACGCGUAUGUUUACAUGCUAACUGUAGCUUUCUGAAAGCUGUCUGGCAUAAUUGGAGACUACGAAUUGGAUUGACGGAUUUGGAUACUCAAUUAUUUUAGUUUAAAUGGAUUAUUUCGAUACAUCUGAAAUAUUAUGAAAAGGUCUAUUACCAAGGAAACUAAAAGAAAUACUAUCCAUAAGGGAAUUUUCAAUGCACUGAAUCGUUUAUUCGUUGACUAUCGAACUGCAAAAGUAAAUCAAAUCACACACUUGUCAACAUCAGAAGUACGAAAGAGAAGGAAGUAACUACGCACGCGCAAUUUAUAUCACACAAGUUUUUACAUAACUUUAUAAAAACACAUCACAAAUCAAUCAACUAAACAUAGCGAAUAUGCAAGUUACGCCACAGUCUAUACAACCCAGCUUGAAACAUUGCACUAGCAACAGCAACAGUAGUAGCAUCAGUAGCCAAAGUAGCAACCACAUCAACACUAACAACAUGAACUCCACCGUCAACACACAACAACAACAGCAACAGCCAGCCAACAACUGCACAAUGUUCACAGCGCCGACGACGACGCCAUUAUCGUCUACGCUAGCGCAUAGAAUACAAAGUCCUAAGUUACUGCCACCGCCCACCGCCUCGACGACAUCAACCACUGGUGCAGCCACAGCGGCGUGCGCGCGUAGCCCGUCGCCGGAUGGUACACAGGACUACGAUGUGACGCGAAUGCGUGAGGAGGACUUUGAACGGCUGGCCGUUUACAUAGUGCCCGACGUACAGUGCGAGCGUGGCGUACUGAAUCGGGCGGAUCGCACGCUGCCACGCAGCCUAACACUAAAACCGUCAAUGGUUUUCUCAACGCCAAAUGUUAAGACUGAAGGAGUUUGGAGCACUGGUGUCAUACCGCGCGGCACACGUUUUGGCCCCUUUGAAGGCGUUCCAACUCCAAAUUAUCCCAACGAUACAAAUAAGGCGCGCUAUUUUUGGCGGAUCUUCAAAGAUGAUGACUUUUACUACCUGGAUGGGUCGGACCGCGCGCAAGCAAACUGGAUGCGUUACGUUGCCUCUGCAUACAGCUUGUGCGUAAUGAAUUUGGUGGCAUGUCAACAUCAGGAAAACAUCUACUUUUACACAACGCGUGACAUUAUGCCCAAUGAAGAGUUAAUGGUGUGGUAUUGCAAGGAUUUCGCACGACGGCUUGGUUACGACGUAGACCCAGAGCGUACGAUUUUUGGCGCUUGUAAGCAGUCUGUUGACGAAGAUGAUGAUGCCGAAGCAGAUGGAGAAGAAGAAGAUGGUUCAGCACUUCCACCAGGUUCUACCUUAUUGCAAGGGCACAAGGCAAAGAUGAGAUCGAAUUCGCCAUAUUGCAUGCCCGCCCCAGAAAUACCUCCAGAAGUUGCGUACAAUCAUAUCACCUACGUUAUGGGUCUGCCGAUUCCGCCUUUGCCUGCUGUCACGUGCAACGCACCAGGUGUAAGUAAUCGGGGGUCAAUCACUCCGAGUCCCUCGCCUCCCAUCUGCCGGGACAAUACCGUUGGUCAAACGCAACACUUGACUGGCCUGCCACAUAUUCACCACGCCCAAUCCUCACAGCAACAGCCUGCCUCAAAACAGCAGAGUACGCAUCAAUUACCACAGCAUGCCCAGCUGCCAUCACACCUGCAACACUAUCAACACAUUCAACAGCACCAAACCGUCUUACACCUUAAACAGGAGCCUGGUUCUUCAGUAAUUGUGCGAGACCGUUCGCCGGCGAAUAGCGAGUGUGGCAUUAAGGACGUUAAAGAGGUUGUUGGUUCUCCAAUUCAGCAUAAAGAUCCUCAAUAUGAACAUCAACUGACGCCAAACGACGGCAGUGUGCGCUCAGUGCGUUCGGAUGAAGGUUAUCAUAGCAACGAAUAUCAUGAAGAUGGUCUAACGCCUCCCGAGGACUCCAGUGACAGUGAGAGCGAAAAUAAUUAUGUAUUGGAUUGUUCAAAGAAAGCCAUUGCCCCAAAGGAAACGGUUAUAACGCAUCCUCAGAAGGCGGCUGUUGCUGCGGCACUUGCUGCAGCCACAGCUGCUGCUAACAACAAUAACAAUACGGGUAGCAGCAACACAACUGCCCCGGUGGUAACGCCCGCGGUGGUCUCGCCUGCAGUUACCAUGGAUUGCGAUGACAAAAAUGAGUAUCGCAAGUUCAAGGUGAAAAUGCCGCUCAAAUAUGAGUUCAAAAAUAGUAAAUUAGCCAUUAAGACUGAGGCCGUGUGCCACCUCAAUAAUGCAACCAACACCAAACCAACGAACAGUGACGCACUACCUAUAGAGGGCGCUACCUCUAGCGAAGAUGAUCUGCUUUCUGCCAACGAGGCUAUACCAACUUGCACCUCCUCAACACAACUGGACGACGAGACGAUGGAAGUGGAUCAAUCGCCAGGCUCAACCACGCAACACCGUGCAUCAAGCACAGUCAUUGUGGUAGACCAUGCGCUCUCCAGCGCAAGCAGCCAUUCGGGGCGCAGUAUUGUGCCAAUCAAAAAGGCAUACUAUGAAGCCGAGACGAGUUCACCACCACCCCCAGCUACACAUUCUGCCGCUGCGGCAGCAGCUACCGUCGCUUAUAUGCGAUUUACACCUCCCUCCUCGAGUAUACUCGAGACUAUACUUACGGGCCAACACCGACUCGAAGCUGCAGCCGCAGCGGCAGCAGCUUGUCGCCAAGCUAAUGCAGCCACUCCACCACCCUCGUCUCCCACAGAAAUGGCAUACUCGUACAAGAAAUCGCAUCGCUAUGGCAAUGCUGUUAGUCCCGAUUCUAGCUCAAACCUAGCACAAGCCCCCGAUAUACAUGCCUCGUCCAUACACGAAACCGAAUUGUUAAUUGCAUCAUCACGCGGCAGCAUUAAGGGCGAAUGUUCACCACCUCCACCACCAGGCCAUCAUGUGAUAUACUCUCCUGCGCACGGAGCACACAGCGCCUACAUGUCAGAUGAUCAUCAAACUCCUCCCUACUCGGCGUACUCACCUUAUUCUAGCGGCAGUGUAAAUGGUGGUAUACCGGGUGUGGGGCACCCCCUGUCACAUGUGCCCACAUCUACCUUUCACUCACCCCCGCACAGUUCGCACUCGCCUUUUGACCGUCAUUCGAAUGCGUCCAAUGGGUCCACACCUAACCUACACCUACUACAGUCCAACUCUAAGAUGUUAAUGCAACCACUACGCAUCUCCCCGCCCCAUAGCUUGAGCCCGGAUGGAAAUUCAUGUCCGCGCAGUGGCAGCCCACUCAGCCCAAACUCGUUGGGUUCACGGGGCUAUCGCUCGCUGCCAUAUCCGUUGAAGAAGAAAGAUGGAAAAAUGCAUUACGAAUGUAAUGUAUGUUGUAAAACUUUUGGUCAGCUAAGCAAUCUUAAGGUUCAUCUGCGUACGCAUUCCGGCGAGCGGCCGUUCAAAUGUAAUGUCUGCACGAAGAGCUUCACACAACUCGCGCAUUUACAGAAACAUCAUUUGGUGCACACUGGCGAAAAGCCACAUCAAUGCGACAUCUGCAAAAAGCGAUUCUCCUCGACAUCUAAUUUGAAGACCCACCUGCGCCUGCACAGCGGCCAAAAACCAUACGCGUGUGACCUAUGCCCGCAGAAAUUCACCCAGUUCGUUCAUCUAAAGCUGCACAAACGUUUGCACACUAACGAUAGGCCAUACGUAUGCCAAGGCUGUGACAAAAAGUACAUUAGUGCCUCGGGUCUGCGUACACACUGGAAGACGACGAGCUGCAAGCCCAAUGAUCUGGAGGAAGAACUAGCGAUGGCUGCAGCGGCGACAUCAGAAUGUUUGGAUAAAGAUCUGCCAGAGCCCGAUUCUCGCGAGGCCUUUGAGCACAUGCAGCAACAAAUACAUCCGCAUCUGCGACACAUGUCCGCCGGCGGUAGUUCGAGUAGUACCGGUGCCGCCCACCCAUCCCCGCCACGUCUUAUUUCCAUCAAUCCUCACCACCAGCACCAGCCACAACAACAACAAACACAUGCACAUCUGCAACAGCAGCACGCUGCCAUGCUCCAACAACAUGCCGCAUCACAACAACAUUUAUCAGCAGCGCCUUCAAAUUCUGCCGCCGCCAGCAUGAUAAUCAGCACAACAGGGAAUCAACAGCACCAUCACGGCCACCAACAACAACACCUACACCAACAGCAACUGCUCCAGCAUCAGCAAUCACACCCGCUAAAGUUUGCCGUCAAACAACAAAUGCAUUUGUUACCUCCCGGCACAGCCAGUAAUAGUUCGAGUGCAGCAUCGGCCGCAGCAGGUGGCACAAAUGACACUUACAUGGGUGUUUCGCAUGCUCAAGCGGCCGCAGCAGCAGCACACGCAGCAGCGGCGGCGGCACAUGCCGCAGCAGCACACCAACAUGCACAAAAUCAAGAAAGUCGACCGUCGGUGAUCGAGUCGAGCCAACCCAUGAUAAUCGAGUGCACGUAGAACGGUGAGCGUGAAUAGAGAUGGGACAGAGAAAAUUGAAUUAAGCUGGGAAAGUUACGGUUGAAGUGUAUAGAGCAGAUCGAGUUCGUAGCUGAGCUGAACUAAGUUCAACAGUCACUCCUAUUUCGCUCUACAUAUAGAGCUGCCCCAGGCAUGGCAACUCUGAGCUGGAGUACCAUGUACCCACAAACCGAAGAAAAAGAAUAGUGCAAUAUGAAAAUGUGAAAGCUCAUUUCGAACACUUUUGAUGAUGACGGCGCUUUAAAUUCAAAAUUGUCGAAACUGAGUUGUUUACAUACUCACUGAGCUAAAAAAUAAUGGUAUUACUAAUUUAAUAGUCGACUUCAUUUUAUAAUUAGUAAAUUUAAUGAUUGGAUAUAUGUACAUACAUGCAACUAGUUAAAAUAUACAUUUAUUGCUACAAAAUCAAUACAAAAACAAUAACACAACUACUCAUUUUAACCACUUGAAUAAGAGCCUUGAUGGGCAAGUGAUGAUUUGUAGUACGACAUACAAAACAAAAUUUUUCAUUUCUUGAAAAGAUCUCAAAAUUGGCAGCCAAUUAAUUUGCAGAACAUUUAUUUUUGAUAAACAUAAAAAUUUAACACAAUUCUUUAUGUGAGCCAAGGGUGGCGUAGAACCGCGAGUUUUAUACGUGGAAAUUAUGCAUCUAGUAGUAGUUAUGUAAUUUAGUUGUAAUUACAAAUAGCAGUAAGACAUGCAAAACUAAGUCCUGUUAAGUCUUUAAACCAUAUUUGUCUCUUUGGCUAAAUUUAAUUGCAAAAUGCAUUUAAAAUCAGCAUUGUAUUGUACUAAAAUUAAAUUUUAACAAAUUUACAUGCAAACAUACAUACAAACGUUUAUUAGCAGAAAUCGCAAAUAUGUUUAAGAAAAGUUGCCUUACUUUUAUUUUCAUCGAAUCGACUGUUGCGCUGGGCCGUUAUCUUUUGUGCAAUGUUGAUUGAGAAUUAAACGAUGAACAAGCAACAGUCAUAUGCACAUAUAUGUAUGUGCAUAUAUGUAUAGAAGCUAACGAAAAGUUGAAAGCUAAGUGGGCCUGAUCACUGCAACGAUUUCAAAGGUUUACCAUACUUUACUUUACUUACAAGAAAGUUCCGUAAAAUGCUCGUGUUCAUGAGCAGUUCUGGAAAAUUUGUCUAUUGCUUGAAAAUCAGUAAUAUUUUCUUUUUAUACUUAAUUAAUUACAGAAAGAAGGUUAAGCUGAAAUUGAAAUUAACUUGUGUGCCUUGAGAUUUUGUGUGACAUUAUUUAAAGUUCUUGCAAUUAAUGUUUAGAAAAUAAAACUUGCUUCUGAAAAUAUGUGCUUUUGAAACAUUGCGAGUACUUUCGCUUUCAACUGUCGUUUCUAGGACCAUCCUGCAACACCUGCACGCUAUGAAGUCGGCGCGAAAUUCAGCGACUGAAAUAGGUUUUGUUGAAUUAUGAAAAACAAAAAGAAAAUUAAUGUAAUUAAAAAACAAAAAAUUGUAUUCAAAAUUUUCCGCAUAUCUUGUUAUUCGAGAUUUGUAGCAACAACCACAAACAGCGCUGAAUUAGUGUAGAUAUAUUUCAAAGUUAAAUUAAUAAAAGCAUUGCACAUACUUAGGAUUUACUUGGACGAUACUGUAAAUACAUACAUAUAUACAAUACUUACGCAUGUAAAAUAACAUUUAUGUAAUAUAUGAAUAGCAAAAUCCACACAUACAUAGAACAUUGUACGAAGUAAGUUUAUAGAAAUUUACUUGAAAUAUUUAGUAUUAGACAACACACAAAUAUUACACACAUACACACAUAUAUACAUUUACUUAUAAAUAUAAAAAACCAAUCGUAUAUAAACUGUAUAUAAAAUCAUACGUAACGUGGCAUGUGAAGGCGUGGGCACGUUAGCAAAACUUAGCUGAAGAUCGGUGCUUUUUGAACUGUUUCUAUUUGUACAAUUUUAAUGUAUUGUAUUAUUAUCGAAAACAAAAUAAUAAGUAAAUAUUGAAUUAAAUAUUUUUCCAAAAAACUUAAAUGGAGCCAAAUGGACAUAAGGAAGAUAUUUCAUAUAAUUACUGUUAAAAAUAUGUUAAAUAACUACUAUACAUUAUUAAAUAUUAAAAUAUGUACUGAUACAUUUAAUUGUCGAAUAGUAAAUAGUUUUAAUAUUAAGCUUAAUAUAUGCAUCAAAAUACGAAAUCAAACACUUAAACACGUUUGGCUUGUAAACACAUAAAAACUUUACUUAUACCAAAUUUUUGAAAACAUACUACAAAUACAAAAGAGAGUAUCGAAAAUACUAUUUUCCAAAUUCUUAAAAUUAUUUGUUUUUUUCUUCAGUCCCCUGUUAUAUAGUUGGAUUUAUUAAUCAUUUAUUUUUUUGUUGCUACUUUUAUUUUUAUUUAAUUUGGAUAUUUAUUUUUAUGUUUGAGCGAAUUCAAAAAUUUGUUUCAAUCCCACACACAAACAUCAUAAAACUGGAAAGAAACUAAGACAGUGCUUGCGCCUGUCAAUCAAUUGUUACGAAGAAACCCUUUUUUAAACAAUUCACGUCUUUUGGUGGGAAAUAAUAAACCGCCGCUUGAAUUCUGUCAUUAUGCGUGCAUCCCAGAAGUUUUCAAAAUUCGAAGAAUCUAAGCAGAGCAUAAUGCUAAUUGUAUUGCUUUGCAGCAGCCUGUGUGAAAAACUUCUAUUUUCUGAUACAAAAGGAUUUUUGUUAAUUUUCUCCAAUGUAAGUGAGACCUUCUCUGUUGUGGAACUUUUAUCCUUCACAUUACAAAAACUCAAUCUUAUUCUGUGACAGUAAAUUUUAAUAAUUUUAGCAAUACUGUGGCUAUCAACAUGAAAGAAAAAACACGAUUUUGAUUUUAUAUAUUUUUCAAUUAGACUCAGUGACAAUGCUCUGUAUUUUUUCUUCUGCGUUAAUCUUAUUUCCCGGUGUAGUUCCAUUUGGCUCGCAAUCACUAGCUUUAUUAGUUGUCUCUCUGCUUCGCAAAGUUGCGCUAGUUAUUCAAACAAAAUGUAAACAGCAUCUUAGUUCUUUGUUUCAUUUCGCAACCAUUGGUGCCGAAACGAGCUAUCUAUUCAAUAGAUAAUCAACAUUCUUAUGCAUGAUAUAGCCAAGUCAAUGUAGUUGUUGUAAACGCAUAUUACUUACAAUGUUCAAGAUUCGUACAGCUCAGCAUUGAGUGUUCUCUGGUGUCCAAUUACGAUGCGGACAAAAUCAUAGAUCCAGCCCGGAAUAUCUUCUGAAAUUGUAAAGUACUUUUAAAGAAAACUAAGAACCAUUAUAUUUAUGCCAUGAAAGUUUGAAACCAUGAAACUAGGCUUUUGUUCAAGUAACCUUGAUUUGGUUCUCAACAAUUAAGUACUCAUUCAAUUUUUUAAGAAAAGCAAAAAUGGUCCAACAAACAUGAAAACAUCUACACCAUUUUUUUCAUAAGUUAGAAAGAAGGAUAUGGGAGUCAGCUUCUACCAUAACACCGUGCGACAGUAAAACCUAUCCGACCAAAUUUCAUGAACGUAACUCUCUAGGUUUUAUAUAUGUAGUAAUGCUACGUUUUUCAUGUUCUCAUCGAUUUAAGCUUUUGAGGCACUUUAAAGUUUCAAAGAACCACAUUUUCAAAAAAUAGUUUCAAAUCUUUAUGCUCUUUCUGUGAUAUAAAUAUGGAUUUUAAACGAAAGGGAACAUAUCCAGCUAUUCAAUUUUGUUUUACUUUUCGCCAGGACAAAUAUUGCACAAUAAUGUUUCUCGAGAAGUAUAUCCUGCAAAUGUGCUUGAACUUUCCUAAUGAAUUAUUUUAUGCUAUGAAAUGUAUUGCUAUGAAAUAAAGUAUACGAAAUGGGUACCCUGCUAAAGGUUUUGCCUUUGAAAUUUCAAGGUACUUAAAAAAAUUAACUUGAUGAGAAAAUUCAAAACUGAGUAUACACUAUUAAUAUGAAAAACUAUGGUCAAAAAUGAUAUUUGUACCCCGGUGUAAAUGGAUAUCUAAAUAAAAUAUUCAAUAAAAUAAGGCGAGUGUAAUUGGCAAUCUAUCAUACAUGAAUUAACUUCGCUAUCAUCUAAGGAUCAAACAAGAAGUAGUUUUAGUUACUAAACUCUUGACAGACUCACAUUCGGGUUACCCCAUUUUUGAAAUUUCAAUCAAAAUUACAUUUUUGUGAACUUUAACUACUGUUCUGGUGCAUAAGAACUCAGCAAUUGUAGUAAUAAAUAAUAAAGCGUAUUAUAGGCUAUAACUCCGUUGAUAGAUCCGGACUGCGGUAAUAAUUUUUUGAUUGUUCUACCACCGUCUAUAAAUUUUUAUAUGCCUUCAAAACGCACUUUCAACGGUUUAAAUCAACCUUUUUAUUACAUAGUUUUGAUUACUGCUCUGUCCUAAGUCUAUCAAGAGCGUGGUAGCAUUUCAAUAAUGCAUCACGUCAACUCGCUGCUUGCUUAAUUCCUAAAGUAAUUUUUUAACAAAUGGUACGAUUAAUUUCCAAUUGAAUAAAAAACGAUUGUUUUCGCGUCGCGGAGUCAAUUUUUACGGACCACUGAAAAAAAUGUGAAACGUGCAGUAAUACCCGAUUGAUACCUGGUUAACCUGAAACCUGUUUUUCAAGCUUCUGAAAACAAAUCUAACAUGAAGUAGCUCGAUGGUGAAAUUGAGCUACAUAUAAAAAAUUGGAUCGGCUAUUUUUGUGUAGGAAACUAUCAAACUUGAUUUAGUCAUUAGUAGUUGACCUAAAAUAAUCGGGAUAAUAUGCCCUUUCAUAUUACAACACUUAUUCUAACAGUCCUAUUUAACUAAUGAACACAUCUUGCAAAGAAUAACUUUCAUUUUAGCGAUUUAAAGUGAUUAAAAUUCGAUUGAAAUUGUAAGUGGUUCAAAUUGCCAUUGUAACCAUUUUGAAAUUGCAGCACCUAAUUUCUUAAAAAUGAACCCUCACCUUACAUCAAUAUUUUCGUCAUUUACACUUGCACACAUUUUCAACUUAAAGUCUUGUUUCUAAUUUCCCCUUAUGCGCCCAAUCAAACUUCUAAACGGAACGUUAAAAUCAAUUUUUUUUUCACAAAAUUUAUUUGGUCGGUUUUUCAUCGUAAUUCUCAUCAAAGGCAAUACGAAUCUGCUAACGGUUUUUCAUUCUUUCAUAAACUUUUUCAUAUACCUGCACUUUCCAGUAUAGGUUUCAGUGCUACCAGCGAAUUCGUUGCCCACCGUAGGCAAAUGAUGAUGUUUCUUGAUUUUUCGAAAGAAUUCAUAAUAUGCCACAGAGCGAAUACUGAAUUCCAGAUAGAAGUUUGACUGAAUGCCAAGUCCAGUCAAUAAAUUAAAUUCCUCUGAACAUUUAAAACCCUAAGCUCAACUUUUGAAUUUAUGGGAACUGUAAGAGUAAAAUUUAUACAAUAAUAAUUGUGAAGUAAACUCUGCGAUGGAAAAAUAAACACAAUAAAUAAGUGAGAAAGGUUACAUGAAUUUCUAAAAAUAAAUUCCUUAGUAAUAGCAACUAAAUUUAAGCUUACACUAUGAGGCUGAUUAAUUUAAGUAUUUAAGCGCUAAGCAAUAACUAUUGGAUUUACCUAGCUUCUACUAACACAUAUUUAUAUACAUACAUACACACAUAAAUGCAUACGUAUAUACAAUAUUAGCAAUGUAAUUAGUUUUAAUUUAGUGUGAAAAUGUUUUAGUGUAAUCGAAAUGCAUAUAGCCGAGUGUGAUAGAAUGUAAGCAAAAAAUGUUGGCAAACAAUCACUGUAAGAAGAAAAACACCAAUUCGCGUUAGAUGCUGAAAACCCGUUAAGGAUAACUAUGCAUAAAUAGCCGUACAUACAUAUGUACGUAUACGUACUAUAUACUAUAUAGCUAAUAAUUGUAUGUAUGUAUCUAAAUUUGAUUUGUUUAUUUCCUACCGAAUUUAUUUGUUAGUUCUUUUUUAAAUUAUUUUUUGUAUUUCAUUAAACUGAAUUUCUUAUUGUGUUGAUCACUGUUUUAGGAGUGUACGUAUGUGUAUGUGAAUUUGAUACUGAAUAGCAUAAUAUUUACAAUAGAAAUAAAUGAUUUGCCUACAUUUGAAAA